GGAGGAUGGGUUUUAUAGAAGCGAACACUUGUCGCUACAUAAUGCAAAUGGUUUAUAUAGAAACGAGAAUGCAUUAAUACAUUUUAUUUAAAAUAUAUUAAACAAAUGAUCAAUUAUAGAGGUCCUGACUCCACGGCUGGUUUGAUUGAAUGUGAGAGUUAAUAAUGUAGACAGGGGAGCCUCUAGAUUUUUGAGGUAUGAAGGUAUAAGAUGCUAUGUAACGUCCAAUAUAGUUUAAUUAUAGAUAGAUAUAGCCUGGCUAUAUCUGCUGUGUGGGGAGGCAGUGGAGGGAGUUUAACUUUAUCCUGUGAACAGACUAACGUCUGUUAUCAUGGUUGUCACAGGUUGUCUUUGGCCAGGUGGUAAAUGGUUCUCCAAACACAAAGGCAUCUGGAUGGAGGGGAGGUUUGAAAGAUUUGACAGACCGUGAGCUUUUGAGUCAAGAUAUGUGUGGUUCUUUCCACUGUUCCUUAUUGAUAAUGUACACUACAGUUUUUUUUAUACAGGAUGUAAUGUCUGUUAGGACUCUAUUGCUACAUUGUAUAAUCAACAUUUUGUGACAAGUGCUUCUCCAGUUUAUGCUAUUUGAUCUCAAUAUUGCAUAAUCUUUUGAAAUAUAUGUUGACUGGUUUGGAUUAUGCUACAUUGAUGGUAAAUUAACAGUAAUGUUUUUUUAUUGACUUCUUUCAGCUACAGAGGAAUGCAACAUUUUCACUUUGACAGAUAUGAAGUUGGCAGGCGUUUGUGGAAACAGUCCUCAUGAAUGGGAAGUAGAUCUGCAGGCAGGGGCACAUAACUUGAUGUGAUGUUGGUUGAUUACUUGUGUCCUUAAAGAUAAACCAGUGCAACUGGUACUGGUAGAGUGUAAUUGCCCUGUUUUAUAUGUGUUUCUAGUGGUUGCUCUAUCCCUCCAUCACUGAGCAGCUGAAAGUCUCAGUCUGUACUGAUGGGGUUGUCCCUAACCGUAAGAGGUCAGAGAGUGGGGGGUAUUAAGGUCAUGUUGUGAUACGGGACAGUAAAAACUCUUCCCGUAGACCUAUGUCCUUUUGUUAGGUGUUUUGGGUGUGGCUUUAUUAGAGCCGAACGGAUCAAAACUAUUACGAGUGGGAGUAUAGGCAUAGGUAUUUUUGUUGACAAUCGUGUCUCGUGCUGAAUUUGAAACGUUUGGAGUUUAUGGAAAACGAAUCUCAGUAAGAGGAAGUAGGUGUCCUCAGUGAAACUCGCUUAAAUCGAGACUCCCUACCAAUGCAGUGGUUUUCAACGUGGGCGACACCACGCUGAUAAAUGGAGGUGUUGGAUUGGAGUCGACGACUGAUCCGCGAAUGGGAAACGAGCGGCAUGGAGGAACAGGGCUGCUGCUGCAGACUGGAGGCAGGAAUACAUCGGCAAGACACGGUGAUAGAGCUUCGCCAGAAAACGACACGACUACAGCGAAUGGCCCAGUUUUUAGCAGUGGCGCUCCUUCUACUGACUUCAGUAGCUCUGGCUUUACUGCUCACGGUUGUGCUUGGAGAACGAGGUCGACAGCCCAUGGUGCAGCCUGUCAGCCAUUUAUCAGGCUUCGACCAGCAGCAACUUAAAGACGACAAGAAUCCAAGCGCCAUGCUAACAGCUCCUAACGGCAAUAACACUGAUGGGGGAUAUCUCAAAUGGGAGAAUGAGACUGGAAAUGCCUUCUGUCAGGGAGGUUUCAAGUACUCCAGUGGGAACCUGGUGGUGCCCAGAAACGGCAUCUACAGAGUCUUCCUGCAGAUCACCUAUGAGAGUAAGGAAGACCUCAAGUGUAACAGGGAUGAAGUCUUGAGACUCAUCAACAAGGUGCUUUUUAUCCGGGAUACUUACGAUGAAGAUGUGUGUCUCCUGUCAUCAGUCGACACAGUGAGUUGCAGCAUGGAACAGUGGAGUAAAUCCCUCUAUACGGCCGGCUUGUUUUUCCUGGAGGCUAACAGCAGACUGCAUGUGACAUCAUCACGCCCUGAACUUAUUGUUAAGAAACAAUACCAGGUGCUCUUCGGUGCUGAACUUCUGCAUCAGUAAUCUGGUCAGACAGUUAGAAUCACAGAAACCUGAUUUUGAGGUUGUUUGCACCUUCAACUCAAUGGAAAUUUGUUGGAAGAUACCAGUGUAGAUUUAUGGUUUCCUUUUACUAUUACUGCUCAUGAAAAGUCACUGAUGAAUUUGCAACAUCAAGAAGCUAUUAGUAUCUGCUCAACUUGCUUUAUAAGCUGCAUUGUUUGUAACUCAUUAAUAACAGCUCACAGAUGCUUCUUUUAUUCUAAAGAGCAUCUAUAUUUUCCUAACAACAUCCCUAACAAUUGUAACUCCACAUGCCUUUGGAAGACUAGGCACUGUCAACUGUACUAAAUAGAUCCUGUAACUUAUUUUCUAUGUGAUUUGAAUAAAAGUAAGCAUUUAUUAUGUUAUGAUCUUUAGUGCAGAAACAAGUUGAUUAAUUGAUUGUGAGAAAAUAAAUUGAGCAAUUUUGAAAAAUGUAGUUGGGGGUGGAAAAUAAUUCCAGCUUGUCAUAGGUGAGCAAUAUCAAUUCAAUAUCAUCAUAUUCAUCAUGUUCAAUUGAAUAUCUUUGAAUUUGAAGACAACGCAUUGGGCUUUGAAAAUAGCGAUGGGCUAUUGAAAAUUUUUGGACAUUUUACUGACUAAAAAAUCAAUUAACCAAAAAAUAAUGAACAGAUUGAUCUGUUGUCCUGAUAAUGGCACUAGAAGAAAUUGAAAAGGUUUAUUCCCUUGGGAGUAUGAAAGGGCUCAGAGAUGCCAUGGCGACCUGCUUAUUAGAUGUUAAUAUUUUCUGUUUACAAGUGGAUGGUAUUAUUAUUAUUAUUAUUACUGUCUUAGCAACAGCUGUUUCGUCUAAAUCCCUUUGGAUUCUGUGGAGCCAAUCAGAAAUGUCAGUUUUUUUGUUGCAGUGAAAGUUUCAUCUUUUAAAAGGAUAGCAUAAUAUGCUGGCCCUUGCUGGAAAUAGUGACCUCUGUCCUUAUUUGGCCAACCUGCAAGUAUUUUUUUCACUGUUUUAACCAGGUCACGUUUUUGAUAGCUGUUACUGAAAAUGGUUAACAGUAGGUCAGUCUAUUAAACCCUGUGAAAAAACUUUCACUAUGAUUUAAAACGAGCCGUUAACCGCCAUUUCAAUAAGGAGAUAUUAAUUGGAAACGUGCAAAGUUGGGCGUACCUUUACGGUCAUUGGCAUAAAGCAUCUUCAUUAAACGUAGGCCCAUGAUGAUAGGAGAUAGGUCAGAAUGACUGAAUUGCAAUGAUAAAUAAAGAGCAACAUCCAGUGACAGAUUGGCUCAAGGAACACUUUGACAGCACUUUGUAACACUAGUAUUAAGAGAAUUAUUAGGAGAAGUCAAGUGAUAGGUUUGAAGAGUAGUAAACAGAGCAGUUAUUUGUUGGGAUUUGUUGGGUCUCUGUAAUUAAUAUUAUAAAGAGUACGGUGUAGAGCUGCUCUAUAGGAAAAGUGCAAUGAGAUAACUUCUGUUAUGAAUUGGCGCUAUAUAAAUAAAUUGAGUUACUGGUAAAUUAUCAGUCCUGCUGCCAACAUUUUUGUGGUAUGUCUAAAGGUGUUAUGGCUUAUUAAAUAACAAAGAUGGAAAAUGCAGAACUACUUUCACCACUGCCAAAGACAAAAUAGUCAUACUUUUUAAGUUUGGUUUGGCCUUUCCAGUGCCACAGAAGUAGGUCCAUGUGAGCCAGGGAAGGGCAAAUUUGUACACUCAAUUCAUGGAUAUUAUAUUACCCCUGUUGUGAAACUUACCUAUGAAACAGAAUGUGCUGGAAAGGUAAAAUAUAUGAAAUGCCUGAAAUGUUGGGUACACAUACACAGGACUGGCUGCAUGUCUGACUCAAGAUGCUCGAGGAAUGUCAGAAUACUCUGCUGUAGAUCUGGUGAUGGAUUUGUGUGUGGAUGAAUUGGACUUUUCUCACCACGGGGCUCACUGUAAGCUGAUACAAAUAUAUGGAAAGGGUUUUCUGUUUAUUUUUUAACAUGCAAGGUGAUGUUGUCCAUGUAUGCUAAUAUAGGCCUAUUUAACAAGGUUUUAUUAUUUUUUUUGUUAUUUAAUUAUUUAAUUCAUUGCUUGCUGGGCACUGUGGGUUGGUGCUAUGCAAAUAGACGUUUUCCUACUUUGAAAGAAAUGAUCAUAUGAUUUGUGAUUGUUUUAUAUUUGUAUGUGUGUGUUGUGCAGAGUUUCUAAAAAAAAAAGUUAAUAAAAAACAAAACAUUGA